AUGACGCUGAGGUAUCGCGUGUGCAUCGGGUCGCAACGACCGCAGGUGAUGCAGGUGGCGCAGGAUGCGACGUUUGGCGAACUGAGGGAGGAAAUCGCACGCAUGGCGGCAGCCGACGCGAGCGACACACACAUCUCGUUUGGGUUCCCGCCGCAGGAGAUCACAGACAUCGCAGAUGACACAAGGUUGGCGGACACAGACCUUGCACGAGGCGGCAACCUCAAGCACCAACAGCAGUCCCAGCAGCAGUCCCAGCAGCAGCCUGGACAGGGCCCGUUGCUAUGGCGGCCACACCCGCUGCGCGUGUCUGUGCCGGCAGACAACUCGUGCCUGUUCCGCACGCUGGUGUUUCUGCUGGACUGCCCACCGGGUGGCAUGGCGGCCAUCGCCGACGACAACAUCAUGACGAUGCGCCUCAUGGUGGCGUCGCUGGUGCAGUCUGACCCGGACCGCUUCACGUCGGCCGUGCUCGGCAAGCCCGUCGACGAAUACCUCGCCUGGAUCACAGACUCAUCGCACUGGGGCGGGUACAUUGAGCUGACGGCCAUUGCGCGCGCGUUUGCGACGACCAUCUUGGCCAUUGAUAUCCAGACGCUGCGGGUGGACGAGUACUCGGGCGGGGAGGACGCGCAGUGCUGCUACGUGCUGUACGACGGUAUCCACUACGACCCGCUCGUCAUCGCCAACACCGAUGAUGGCAAUGAGGAGAUGAUGACAAAGCUGUUUGCGCGCACGGACACGGAGACAUAUGAGGCGAUGGUUGCGUUUGCGCGGGAACUCCACGACCUGCGACAGUUCACGAAUGUGCAGGACUUUGCGCUCAUGUGUCUGGACUGCCAGAAGGGGCUGCGCGGGCAGGAGGAGGCACGGGAACACUCCCAGCUGACGGGGCACAUCAACUUUUGCGAAGUGGAGAGCUGA